AUGACGGCCAGACGGGAAAUCACAAUAGACGCAUCUAACAGCUUGAAACCCAACAUCUCGGCUCUAGUUGAGCAUGGCCCCAGCUAUCAACCCAUGCAUCAUCAGAGGUCCGAACCGAAGAAAUACUCGGGUUCUAAAGCCUGUGAUCCCAUCACGAUUCUAGGUGAUGAUGAGCCAGAUGCUGCGGAAAUCGGUUACAUUGAUCUUGAAAAUGGCAGCGACAACAAAGCUGCUAUCAAGGGGAACUACGCCGAUACAACUCAACAAGCAGCGGCAGGAACUCAGGUCUUAGGCUUCCAGUCAGUGGCUAAGAGCCACAAUCCCGAGGACAAAACUCAGGGACCGUAUCCUGCGAGGCACACCGAAGGGGUCACGCACCCUUUAUCUCGUGCUCUUACUAAGGAUGAUUUCCUGGCGUCAAGUAUGCAACCAUUGCCAGAAAAUCGUGGCAUAGGCUUCAAGGCUUGGUACAGAAGCCACGAUUCUUAUCGUACAGCCAACGCUGCUCCCGUAAUGCAACAAAAAGCAGUCAGCAGAAAUCCUUCUAUUACACUAUUCAACGAGGAACGCACUCAAAACACGACGAAGAGGGAUCGCGAUGCGCCACAGUUUGACAUGAGUGUACUGAGCUCCAAGCGCAAGCGAACCAUCGGUGAAUUGGGUUACAAUGAGCUUAUCUCACCUACGCAGAUCGAGUCGCCCUCGGAAAAGCUAGCGCGUAUGGCCAAGAAGCGUCGACAAUGCCAGGAAAAGUGUGAUACAAAGGCUGGAAACGCGCAAACUGCAAUGGAUUUCCACCCCGCGUAUGGCCAUGAAAGUAACAAGAUUAUUGGAGAAAAUGUUGAGCUUGCCAGCCCUCCAUGCAUGCAUAAAUCACUUGAUGAGGAUGUCCUCACAGCGCAGCGUCAAGAGGAUCGAGGUGAUGGCUACAAGGACACUUCCGCAACGCGUACGAGACACACUAUCACCCAGAAUAGCGACGCCCAUGAGUAUAGUGAAGGCAUCUGUGCCGCUGGUUCAAGAGACAACACCUUCCUAAGCCAUAAGCUUAGACACAGUAAACCUCGGACUGGUGGCCCGACAAACGUUUGCGGAAUCUUUUCGCCCGAGAAGAAACCUCCGGCCAAAAGAUCUAAUCGUGGCGCUUUCCAUUGCCCAAGGUGUGAUUCUCAGUUCACCACACCACAGGGAGUUAAUUAUCACUUUGAGAAAUGCAUUAACAAACAUGGUAACCCAAGGAGCUUGAAAUGGAACGAUCAUCCUAGUCUUGCAGCAGUGGGGAAGCGUAAUAUGAUCGUUCUAUCGCCAGGCUUAAAAAUCCAGACAUCUAGCCUUUCACGUUUGGCAGAGAAGCAAUCGAUAACCGAGGAACAAGCGUUAUCUUUCGGUAACGAAUCUAAGCUCGAUUGUCGAACGUCGCCUGUCGAGCAUCGUGCGAUUGGCGGUAAAGGCCUGUCUGCAGAAACACUGAAGAGGUUUCGGGAGGCUGGGAACUGGGAUGUUGACAUGGUAGUGGAUCAGAGGGCAGACGAAGCUCAAGACGAAGAGACCGAAGUCCCUAACAUUGCUUACCAAUACUUCGUUCGGAAGCGCGAGUGGCUAGAGACCGAAGAGGACGCUGUUGAAUCGAGCAUGGGGCCUUAUUACACUUUGAACGAAGCCAACGCCAUCGCCAAAGCGGAAGUCCAAUCCCCGCAGAUUGAUGGAUUCGAGGGUGUGCAGUCCAAGGGAUGGUCAUAUUUCUACAAACAGGACGAGCAUGGUAUGCAGACGCACAUGGCUACAGUCCUAGAAGUUAACAUUGAGGUGGUUGUGCACCGCGAGCUUGCGCCGCCCAAUCAACAGGCUGCCAUUCCGAAAUCCGCCUUCAUUUUAGCUCCGCGAGUCUACGUUGUGCACGAGUUGCAAUGGCUACCUACCCCCUCUGAUAAGACAAAUACGGUUCCAAGCCACUGUCAAUCGCUUACACAUGGGGUAUUCACCCUCCUGAAUCAGGCAAAUCGACGGGCGUCAGCCGAGUAUCUGGAGACUCUGACCGGCAAUGGGGGCAACAGCGAGUAUGAUUUACUGAAGAAGGCAGAGGCGAAGAGCGAUUUGGGCAAGAAAGUACGAGCCUUGAAUCGAGAAGAUGACUUAUUUCGUGAGGAGAUCACGCUGGGCAAUGAGGGUUUUGCCAAGGUCUGGGUGGAGCUGGUGGUUGUGGAGGGGCCGCGUAAUUGA